AUGGCGCUUCUCCGGGGCGUUUGGGGCGUGCUGAAUGCACUGGGAAAGUCAGGAGCGGAUCUCUGCGCCGGCUGUGGCAGUCGCCUGCGCUCCCCCUUUAGUUUUGCGUAUGUUCCAAAAUGGUUUUCAUCCAGCUUGAGUGGUUAUCCAAAGAAGCCUAUGACUUCAUACGUUCGAUUUUCUAAAGAACAGCUGCCCAUAUUUAAAGCUCAAAACCCAGAUGCAAAAACUUCAGAACUAAUUAAAAAAAUCGCCAAGCUAUGGAGGGAACUUCCUGAUUCAGAGAAAAAGAUAUAUGAAGAUGCUUACAGGGCAGACUGGCAGGUAUACAAGGAAGAAAUAAACAGAAUUCAAGAACAACUAACUCCAAGUCAAAUAGUAUCUUUGGAAAAAGAAAUCAUGCAGAAACGUUUAAAAAAGAAAGCGUUAAUAAAGAAGAGAGAGUUAACAAUGCUUGGAAAACCAAAAAGACCUCGGUCAGCUUAUAACAUUUUUAUAGCUGAACGUUUUCAGGAAACUAGGGAUGGCACAUCACAGGUAAAGCUGAAAGCUAUAAAUGAAAACUGGAAAAAUCUCUCUAAUUCUCAAAAGCAAGUAUAUAUUCAGCUUGCUAAAGAUGAUAAAAUUCGUUAUUAUAACGAAAUGAAAUCCUGGGAGGAACAGAUGAUGGAAGUUGGACGAGAAGACCUUAUACGUCGCUCAGUUAAAUACCCAGCAAAAAGUGAGCCUGAGAAGCUUUGAAAUAGAAGAUUGAGUUAUGUUCAUAACGGAUAGACAUAAGAAACCAACUAGGUCCCAAUACCCGAAGCUGUUGUAAAAUUAGAAUGGAUAAAGUUGGUGAACAUUUAUAUUUAAUUCCUUUUCUGUAGCCCACGGACUUCUGCCAGCCAACUCAAUACAUUUGUAUUGGUGUCUUGCUUUUGAAAACCCAAACAGAUAAGAGUUCAUGUGGAAUUUAUUUUGUGUUUAGGAACUACUGAGCAUCAAAAUAAUACAUGAAAUGUAGCAGUGAAUCACUUUACCUUUGAUAAAGGUAAAUCAGACUGUGAAGUUUUUUUAUACAUGAAGACUAUGGAAAAAAUAUUCUUGUUUCCUUAUAUUAUGGAAGCAGGAGUUUCCUAUUCAUAAGUAUCUCAAAGUUUAUAGAAGCCAUAGCGUUCUAUGAUAUAACUGCAUUUUUAAAAGAGCAUCCAGAACUCAUGCUGGUAAAUUCCAAAUCCUGGGUAUAAUUCAUACUGUAGU